GCCCGUUCCUCGUUGCCGAAGAACCAGUACAGCAAGCGGGAAAGCGGGAAAUAAAUAGGUGGAUGGGACACUUCUUUGGCGAUUCCAGCUUUCUUCCGUUCGCAGGAAAAGGACCUUCAUUAGCCCUUCUCUUGUUUCGGGUGCAAAAGAUUACACAAGAUAAUGAAGCUGCUGCAGCAGUAGGAACAAGAAGAUGCCGUGGCCACCAAAGUUCCUUCAGCUGCUGCUUCUGCUGGAACUGGGCCAGAGAAGUAGAGGCACAGAAGUGUGCCCUUCAUCCUUGUGUGAUUGUUCUGACUGGGGACACCAUAAAAUAACCUGUAUGGAGAUCAGUUUCAUCCCUACACUCCCACAGAGCACACAGACAUUGAGGUUUAUGGAUACAUAUCUGAAAAGAAUUCCUAGUGAAGCAUUCUCCACAUUACCCAACAUCUCCAGGAUCUAUAUCAGCAUAGAUAUAGUGCUGCAGGUAUUGGAGGCUUAUUCUUUCAACAAUUUAAACAAAGUCACUCACAUAGACAUUCGAAAUGCUAAAAAUCUGAGAUACAUAGAUAAUCAAGCCUUUAUGAACCUCCCAAUGCUGAAAUAUCUUGUGAUCUUGAAUACUGGACUUGGUGUUUUUCCUGAUCUCACCAAAAUUAACUCAGUAAAUAUGAACUUUUUGCUUGAAAUUGCUGAUAAUCCAUACCUGAAUUCACUGCCUUCAAAUGCAUUCCAGGGAUUAUGUAAUGAUUCCCUUAUACUGAAACUCUACAAUAAUGGUUUCACGGUGGUAGAAACCCAUGCAUUUAAUGGAACUAAGUUAGAUUCUGUAUACCUGCAUAAGAACAAAUAUCUAAGAGUUAUUGAUGAAGAUGCAUUUUUGGGUGUUCAAAGUGGUCCAAGCCUACUUGAUGUCUCCCAGACAUGUAUCACUUCACUGCCAGAAAGAGGAUUAGAAAACUUGAAAGAACUGAUGGCUCAAAAUACCUGGACUCUAAAGAAAUUCCCCCCAGUAAAAACUUUUCCUUAUCUAACUUACGCUGCUCUGUCAUACCCAAGCCACUGUUGUGCUUUCAAGAAUUGGAAGAAAGCUAAGGGAAUCUUGGAGUUCUUGCUGUGUAAUCAAACUAACAAUCUCAGCAUUCGCAAGAGAAGAUCUUCCAGUACCUUCAGGGCUCCUUUUUAUCAAGAUUAUGCAGAAGAUUAUUCAGAUCACACUGAUGCUGUUCAUGAUGAGUAUUCCAAAUUUAGAGACCUUCAUGGAAAUUCCCGUUAUUAUGUCUUCUUUGAAGAACAUAACAAUAGAGAAGAUGGAUUUGGUCAAGAACUCAAGAACCCCCAAGAGAAUAUUGUGACUUUUGACAAUCAUUAUGAUUAUAUUAUCUGUACAGGUAACGAUGAUAUUAGUUGCAGCCCAGGGCCUGAUGAGUUCAACCCCUGCGAAGAUGUAAUGGGGUACAGAUUUUUAAGGAUAGUAGUAUGGUUUGUAAACUUGCUGGCCAUUGUGGGCAAUAUUUUUGUUCUAUUUAUCUUACUCACUAGCCAUUACAAGAUGACUGUUCCACGGUUCUUGAUGUGUAACUUGGCCUUUGCUGAUCUUUGUAUGGGAUUGUAUCUUCUCUUAAUUGCUUCAGUGGAUCUUUAUACUAGAUCAGAGUAUUAUAACUAUGCCAUUGAUUGGCAAACUGGGCCCGGUUGUAGCACAGCUGGCUUUUUUACUGUCUUUGCUAGUGAGUUAUCAAUCUUUACUUUGACUACAAUCACCCUGGAACGGUGGUAUGCUAUUACAUUUGCCAUGCGCUUAGAUAAAAAAAUCCGCCUUUGGCAUGCAUCUUUUAUUAUGUUGGCUGGUUGGUUGAUAUGUUUCCUUCUUGCCCUUUUACCUUUGAUUGGAGUCAGUAGUUAUGCAAAAGUUAGCAUCUGCCUUCCCAUGGACACUGAAACACCUGUAGAUCAAGCUUACAUUAUCAUUAUUUUGCUGUUGAACAUUGUUGCUUUCAUCAUCAUUUGUGCUUGCUAUAUUAAAAUUUAUAUUACAGUAAGGAAUCCCCAAUACAAGUCAGGGGACAAAGACACAAUCAUUGCAAAAAGGAUGGCUGUGCUAAUUUUUACUGAUUUUUUAUGUAUGGCACCGAUCUCAUUCUAUGCCUUAUCUGCUGUUAUGAACAGACCCCUAAUAACAGUCAGCAACUCAAAAAUUCUGCUGGUCUUGUUCUAUCCACUCAAUUCUUGUGCCAACCCAUUCCUUUAUGCUAUCUUUACCAAAGCAUUCCGAAGAGAUGUCUUCAUCUUGCUUAGCAAAUUUGGGUUAUGUGAACAUCAGGCUCAACUCUACAGGGGCCAAACAGUCUCACCCAAGGACAGCAGUGGUUCUGGCCAUCAUAAGGGCAACCAUGGAGUUGUCCAUAACCUUUCUAGCCAUCAAAGGCACCCUCAUGGGGUACUUGGAGGAUACCACUCUGCAAUGAUGUUACAUAUUCAAGAAUCCAUGGAAAAUAGUAAGCUGACUAUAUUGUAGCACAUCACUACUUAAAAUAAUAUUUUGAUAUUGGAAAUCCUUGUUCUAUUAUAAAGGGCAUGGUUUCUUUUGAUAGGAAUUUUUAAGACACAUUCUGCUUACCUGUGAGCCAUCUAUAUAAAACUGUAAGUUUAAUAAUAUUAGACAAGUUGUAGUAGAUCAGACCAAGCACUUUUCGAGUUCAAUUGUCUGUUUGCAUAAUGCCAUGCAUUUAUUACAGAAAAUCCACAAGGAGGAGGAGGACAAUAAUAUAUCCCUCAGGAAACACUCUGUUCCCCAGAGUAAUUGUAGAAGGAAGAAAAAUAUCCUAAAUUUUACUCCACUCAACAAUGGAGUAGAGAUCAUAUGGAUUCUUACUUGAGCUCUUUUAAAAUGACAAAAUACAUCAAUUUUACUCACAACAGGCUUAGAAAGUUCAAGCUAAAUCAAACAGUAUGCCUAACUAUGAAACAUCUAUUUGUUCUAAAUAUUUUUUUUUUUAAAAAAUGCUUAACUGACCUUGUGUUAAUAUUUCUGCUUAACAAGGGUACAUUGAACAAUCUGAUAAAAUUAUAUGGAUAAUUUUUAGAAAGUUCUACUUCAUUUUAAUUGUAAACAUAAUUAUUUUCCUUUUUGGUAAAAUGGUAAAUAUGU